AUGGUCGACGGGAUUGUGUGGCACAGAGUGGACGAAUCCGCGAGUCAGGGGUGCUCCGCAACCAAUCCGUGCCACGACUGCGGCCUGGAACAGCCGAAUGCCAGCUCAGCACCCAUCAGCGAAAUCUACGCCGUCGAAAUGCUCCCAGAGGCAUCCGUUAAGAGCAGCUUCUUUGCGAGUCCCGUUAAGAUGCAUCAGUUCGCGGUGCACACGUUCCGCCGCUCCGCCGACCGUUGGAUCCCGCUCAAGCUCGUCUUCUGCCACGUCAGCGCGGACGUGUGCCAGCAGUGGGCGGACCGCAUCCUCUCGCUCCUGCGCGCCGACCCGGAGCGCCCUAGGAGCCUUCUAGUGUUCGUGAACCCUAUUGGCGGAAGGAAGAAAGGAUUAAAGACAUGGGAGGCGGUGCGACCCGUGUUCGAUCGCGCGGGUGUCGCCGUGCAGGUGGUGGUAACCAGCCGUCGCAACCACGCGCGCGACAUGCUGCAGAACGCGUCGGACAAGGAGCUCUGCCAGCUGGACGGGAUCAUCGUCGUGGGCGGCGACGGGCUGUUCAACGAGGCGCUCAACGGCCUGGCGAGGCGCCGCCAUCGCGCCUUCCCGUGCGUGCGCCCCGCGCGCCUGCGCCUCCCGCCGCCCUCCACUGCCGCCCCUCGCGGUACCAGCAGAUGCGCGGACGGGGGGAGGAGCGGAAGCGGGGAGAGGAAGGCAGUGGUUGCCACGUUCGGGUGCGUAGGGACGGAGGAGUGUGGUUCGGAUGGAGCUAGGCGGCACACUGAGGUGGACGGUGAUGAUUUGCCGAGAGGAGGCGGCAGGGGUUUGGACAUUUCUGCAGGAUUAAACACUCCCGGUUUAGAAAUUCCCGGUGUCUUUAAUUUCCACGAUGGCCUUAAUACCCCUGCUGGAUUAAAUACUCCUGCUGGGUAUGGGUAUGACACUCCUAAAGGCUACUAUGCCACUCCUAAGGCCGGAUCGUACUAUGAGACUCCUAAGCCUGGUAGUGGCGGCUCGGGUGGAUAUUAUUUCCCUACUCCUAAGGAGGCGGGCAGCGGGGCGAAUGGAUUUUACGAAACACCCAAGGCGCAGCAGGCUCGGCGCAGCUUCAGCCGAAGCAGCUUUGGUCCGGGAGUUGGCGCUGACUCAGCAGCCGAGAUUGCUGAGUCAGCACAACCAGCAAAAUCAGUGGAAAGAGGAGGAGCAGGAGCAGGGGAGGAGAGAAGAGGGAUAUAUGCAUCAACGGGAGCAGCAGCGGAAGGUUCCAGGAAGGAGGACGGGGAGCAGCAGAUGGAGUGUGAUGUCCGAUACGCUGCGUCAUUCUUCGGCUACGGCUUCUAUGGUGCAGUGACCAAGGAGAGUGAGGCACUGAGGUGGAUGGGGCCCGCUCGUUACGACUAUGCGGGGUUCAUGACUUACAUGCGCCACAGGUCGUAUGAAGCAGAGGUGUCAUUCUUCCAUGUGCCCGAGCCAGAUCAGCCGUCCAUGCACAGAAGCAGCACCACUGCCCGUCCGGAGAUCUGCACCGUUGGAUGCUCGGUGUGUGCCAACGGCCAGGAUCUCUCGCUGCUGGCACGAUCAGCCUUGGGAUUCGAGGCCAUAGGCCCCUCCCAGUCAGCUGUGGGACUGGCCACCCUUCUCACCCCUCUCAACCGCACUGCUGGUGAUUCUGCUGCUGUUGAUUUAGCUGAUGCCGAAGCUGCUGCUGAUGCUGCUGCUGCAGUUUCACCUUCCUACCAGCCUCCUCCUGCCGCUCCCGACGCUGCUGCUGCUACAGCCACAGAAGCCGAUAAGCACAAGCUCCCCUCACCUCCUCCCCUAGAAGCUGCUGAUGCUGACGUGGCAGCGCCGGAUUCGCCGCAUCUGCCGACGUGGGACGAGGCGACGCCAGGCUGGCGCACCGUGAGAGGCCGGUUUCACAGCGUGGGCGGCGCAGUGAUCUCGUGCCGCAAUGACAAGGCGCCAGAUGGCGUCGCGGCACACGCCCACCUGGCAGAUGGGAAUCUGAAUCUCAUUAUGAUUCGCGAGUGCUCGCGGGCCGAAUACCUCCAGCAGCUGCUGUGUCUGGCCAUCAAGGGAGCAGAUCCCCUCAACUUCCACUUCGUCCAGCACCACAAGACCCCAGCGUUCACAUUCAAGGCCAUGGGGGAGCAGGGCUUUUGGAAUGUGGACGGUGAACUGGUGGAGGCGAGUGAGCUGUCGGCGCAGGUGUUCCGAGGGAUGGUGGACAUGUUUGGCAGCGGACCAGAUGUGUGA